ACGGGCGAGGUGAUGGUCAUGAAGGAGCUGAUCCGCUUUGACGAGGAGACACAGAGGACCUUCCUCAAAGAGGUGAAGGUGAUGCGUUGCCUGGAGCACCCCAAUGUGCUGAAGUUCAUAGGGGUUCUGUACAAGGAGAAGAGGCUCAACUUCAUCACGGAGUACAUCAAAGGGGGCACUUUGAGGGGCCUCAUCAAGAACAUGGACAGCCAGUACCCCUGGAGCCAACGGGUCAGCUUUGCCAAGGACAUCGCCGCUGGCAUGGCCUACCUCCACUCCAUGAACAUCAUCCACCGUGACCUCAACUCUCACAACUGCCUUGUGCGAGAGAACAAGAGCGUGGUGGUGGCUGAUUUUGGGCUGGCACGACUGAUGGUGGAUGAGAAGAACCAACCUGAACAUCUCAAGAACCUGAAGAAACCGGACCGCAAAAAACGAUACACGGUGGUGGGGAACCCGUACUGGAUGGCCCCCGAGAUGAUCAAUGGGAGGAGCUACGAUGAGAAGGUGGAUAUCUUCUCCUUUGGCAUCGUCCUGUGCGAGCUCAGGGGCUUCUGGGAGCGCUCCUGUCCCCCCGCCUGCCCCCCCAGCUUCUUCCCCAUCGCCGUCUGCUGCUGCGACCUGGACCCUGAGAAGCG